GCAGAGGCGGCUGGACACAGCCGCUGGAGCCAUGGCAGACACGCAGGAGCUGCUGCUGCAGCUGCAGAAGGACAACCGCGACGGGCGACUGCGGAAGCAGGAGCUGGAGGAGCUGGUGCGCGGGCUCGAGGCCGAGAGCGAGAGCCUCACUGGGCGCCUGCAGGACCUGCGCGAGCGCGAGCGCAGCCUGCAGCGGAAGCGAAGCCAGGUGGCGCGGAGCCUGCGCGGGGAGGCGCGCGAGGUGGCGCGGGAGCGCGCGGAGAGAGCUCGCGGGCUGCUGGAAGCCGAGGAGCGGCGCCACCAGGACUUGGAGCAACAUAACCGGCAGCUGCAGGAGCAGUGGGAAGAGCUGUCGAGUCAGCUCUUCUACUACGGAGGCGAACAACUGAGUCAGCAGCGCGCAGAGCAGCGACUGGGGACCCAACUGAUGGCGUUGCAGAAACAACUGGAGCUGGUGGAGGCCAAGCGCGCCAGGCAGGCGGAGAACCUGCGGCAGGGCGCGCAGCGGACGGAGGAGGCCUGGGCCAGCUUUCAGGAGCAGAGCGGAGUCCUGCAGGAGCUGCAGGGAAAGGUGAUGGAGGCAGCUGCUGCGCUGGACGCCUCGCACGGCGGCCCGGAGCUCAGGUGCGACUCCCAUCCUCGUCGGGUGCAGGACUGCGCGGGCUCGCUCAUGGAGGAGGUGGCCGAGGCUGACUGUGACCCGGAACUCGUGGCGCCCCCGCCCCGGGGCCGAGCUAGAAGCCGCUCCCUCUGUCCGCAGGAGAGGCGGCUUUUCACGGGCACCGGCAGGGCUGGCAUCAGCGCCUGCUGCCGCACCAGAGCCAUCUCGGAAGUUGGUUCUUCAGGGCGCCGGCCUGGGCAUUGGUUUCCUGUGGUCCCCUUGUGGAACGUGCUGGUCCUGCUGGAGCCGCGCGCUCCCCACUGCGGUCUUCGUUGGGAAUCGUCUUUUUAUUUAGGUAGACUUUUCUGCUUAGUGGAAAUGAUGAACCUUGAGUUUUGUGGGGGUUUUUUUUGGGGGGGGGGUCUGAUACAAAUACUACUUUUAUUCUUUACGUUUUUUGGUAGUGAAAUUGUUCCGUGUAUCUCCUUGUUGCGGGCGCGCGUGCACACACCCAGCGACACGACCCCACCCCCCCCCCGCCCCCCGCAACACACAGGUUUUGGCUGUGCUCUCCAAACAAUCGUUUUCUUAUUGAUGUGUAGGUAUUUAAGUCCUUUUGGGGUUAAAUUUAUGUAAUCCUGUGUAUAAAAUUUCAUCAAAUUUAGAAAUUGUGUGCUGUGUCCUUAUAAAAAUCCAUUUCAGUCCAGAAAUUGUAAUACUCACAUACGGUAAAUACCUUUAGUUGGUGUAAACAUUUUGUUCAUACAUUCAUUAUAACAUUUUGUUGCUAACCACUUUAUGGUUUCAUGCAUAGAUGGGCAUUUGGGUUGUUUCCACCUUUUGGCUGUUGUGAAUAAUGCUUCUGUGAACAUUGGUGUAUCAAUGUUUGUUCUUUUGGGUAAAUACACAGACUUGGAACUGCUGGAUCAUUGGUACUUCUGUGUUUGAUGCUUUGAGGAGGAAGGGCUCUACUGCAUUCCACGUUUUACAUCUCCAGGGCAGUGCAAAAGGGCUCUCA